AUGAAAUUUUUGAAAAAUAUAAGGAAUGAAAAAACUGUUUUUACAAAUUUCCUUAUAUCACAUUUUACUAAUAACUUUUUAAAUUGUCUUCAUUCAAAUAAUACAAAUUCGAGGUUUUUUUCCCUAUUGUUAAAAAAGAAUAUAAGGGAACAUUAUGACAAAGAAGGGAUAUGUGUAGAAUCUAAAAAUGAAAUAAAGGAUACUUGUAAGAAUGAAGGAUCAAGCAAAAACAUAAAAAUUAUAAAUAAUAAUAUAAGUGAAGUAAAAGAGAAGUUAUUAAAGGAAAAUUUGAAACAUUACAACUUAUUCAAUGUUUAUCUUGAUAAAAUAAAAAAAAAAGAAAAAAGAAGAAAAAUUAUAAAUAUAAAUAGUGUAAAAUGUUUUGAUGAUUACAUUCAUCUGUUCAAUUUAGAAUCAUUACUAUUGUAUACUUAUAACAAAUUUAAAAUAUAUAAAAAAAAAAAGUAUAUGACAAGCAAUGAUUUUUUUUAUUUUUUUAAAAUUUUCAUUCAAUUUAAUAUUAUUUUAAAUGAUUUUUUUUUAUACAAAAAUGAAAAAAAGUGCAACGACUGUUUUAUAAGCACAUUUCAAUCAUAUCUAAAGAAUAUUGACUUUAUCAAAAAAAUACAACAGAAUUAUAAUGAAAACUUCUACUUAAAAACUUUGCAAAUAAUUAAGAUAUUUAACCAAAUUAAUUUUUUUAAUAUAUUAAAAAAUGCAAAUUUUAACAUUUUACAAAAUCAAUUAAGUAUAUCAGCUAGGAAAGAAUAUUUAUUAAGGAUAAAGAACAAAAAAGAACUUGCUGAAAAGAAAGACGAAAAUCAUUUAUUUUAUGAAUGUAUGAAUUAUGAUGAAAAAGAACAUAAUUAUAAUAUCAAUUUGGAUUUUAUAAAAAAUGUAAAAAUAUUUGAUAAAAUUUGUGAAGUGAAAGAUAUACAAGAUUAUUUUUAUUGCAAAGAUAAAGAAAAUGAAAAAAAUAAAAAAUUUUGUUUAAAUUCAGAUAAAAGUGAUUAUUUAAAUAACGAAAUAGAAAUACCUUAUUAUUCUAAUAAUGAAGAAAAUAUAAAUAACCAGUUAAUUAACAACAAAUUAGAACAUAAAGAAAGAAAUAAUCAUAACUCAAAUUGUUAUUUAAAACUUGUCAAAGGGUUUAGUUAUUUAUUAAAAAAUUUUAUAAAAUAUUUAAAUGAUGACGGCGUGGUAAGGCUAUUUAUGAGUUGCUCUAAAAUGUUUAAUAGAGAAAGUAGUAAAGAAGUAUUAUUAUUCUAUAAAGAAAUGUAUGAAAGAAUUAAAAAAAUGAAAAAUAUCACAAAUAAGAAUCUUGCAUAUAUUUUAAAUGGAUGCAACUAUUAUUUAAAAGAAGAAAACAUUUAUUUAAUAAAACAUUUAAAAAAAGAAAUAUUAAAAAAUUCUUGUAGAAAUGAUAGAAAAAAUGACUUUAACAUAUAUAACAUAGCACCAUCACAUUUAGAAAAUAUAGUAUUUACUUUUGCAAAGAAUAAUUUUAAAGAUAAAGAACUCUUUUUAUUAUUUAGAGAAAUUAUAAAAGAAAAAUAUGAAGGAUUUUCUUGCAUAAUUUCCAUUAAUAUUUUAAUUAGCUUUUCUCUUUUAAAUUAUGAAAUGUUGAUAUUUGAUUUUCUGUAUGAAAAAAUAAAAAAUUUUGAUUUUAUAACUUUUAUGAUAUGUAAAGGAAACAAUAUUAUUAAGUUAAUAAAUACUUUAUUACUUAUUGAAUCCAGAAAUUUCUUAAAAAAACAGAAUUCUAAUAUAAUACUCAGAAAAUGUAAUAUACAUAAUAUAAAAUUGUGUAACAAUAGCACAGAUGAGAAAUGUAUAGAAGAAAAUGCUAUUAAAAAAAACAAACCAACAUUAACAGAUGAAUAUAUUUAUGUAAAUCUUAUUAUUGCCUUAUUAUAUGAACAAAAAACAUUCAAAAGAAGCAAGUUAAAUGAAAAUAUAAUUUUAGAUAUAUAUAAAAGACUUCUUAGGUUACAUAUAAUAAAAAUAAAAAAUAAAAAGGAUUUAUAUAUUUUAAAAAAUAUUUUUAAAAAAAAUUAUGAAAAUUUUCUUGUCAAAGAAUUCCAUAAAUUUUUUGUUUUCUCAUUUAUUAAUUUAAAUUUGGAUAAAAUUAAUUUUCAUAAAUUAAUUUUUACGUUGUUAAAAUACAAUGUCUUCCUAUGUGAAAAAAAGAGUAUCAAUAAUUACACAGAAAAAAAAAAAAAAUUUAUAUAA